AUGGCUCGCUCCACCAUCGUCCAAGAGUAUGCGCCAUCCUCGACAUUGUCGACAACGCUAAGCUUGGACCACAAGUCCACCGACGAGCGUCAAACCUACCAAGUGCCGCGGCCACAGGGCUACCGAGUAUCAUGGCAUGCCAACCCAGCAGUGGAGCCGCACCAUUUCGGUGUGCAACAUCCUAUGAAGCCAUGGCGACUCACAUUGACGAAGCAAUUGGUGAUGGCGUACGGGAUGCACCACGCGAUGGACCUGUACCUCUCACGGGCAGCGACAUACGAGGAGAUGGCGGAGUUUCACCAGGAAGACUACCUUGAUUUUCUGAAGCAGGUCAUGCCAGGCGACAUGGACCGCGCCGAGCAAACCGAUAAUGUGCAGCGCUUCAACUUCGGCGACGACUGUCCCAUCUUCAACGGCCUGUACAACUACUGCGCCCUGUACGCGGGCGGCACUGUCGAUGCCGCGCGCAAGCUCUGUAACGACCAAGCUGAGAUCGCGAUCAACUGGUCCGGAGGCCUACACCACGCUAAAAAGGCCGAGGCCAGCGGCUUCUGCUACGUCAAUGACAUCGUCCUCGGCAUCCUACAGCUUCUGCGCCACCACCCGCGCGUCAUGUACAUCGACAUAGAUGUGCACCAUGGUGAUGGCGUCGAGCAGGCCUUUUGGUCUACGGAUCGUGUGUUGACAGUUUCCUUCCACAAAUACGACGGCCAUUUCUUCCCCGCCACCGGUGCGCUCGAGGAUACUGGCCCCACACACUCGCUCAAUCCAGGUGCUCAUCAUUCCAUAAACGUCCCUCUCAACGACGGUAUCGACGACGAGUCAUACAUUGCGCUUUUCGAAGAAGUCAUCACAGCCUGUAACACCAAUUACAACCCCAGUGCUAUCGUGCUUCAAUGCGGUGCCGACAGCCUAGGCUGUGACCGACUCGGCGUCUUCAAUCUAAAUGUCCAAGCCCACGGCGCCUGCGUCGCCAUAACGAAGAAAUUCAAAAAACCACUAAUAGUCGUCGGGGGCGGCGGCUACACCCCGCGCAACGUUUCCCGCGCCUGGGCCCACGAAACUUCCAUCCUAGUCGAAGCCGACAAGAACAUCGAUCCGAUAAUUCCAGAGACAGUCACAUUCCGCAACCAUUUCGGUCCCGAUUACUCCCUCUUCCCGUCCCUGUCUAAUACGGCUCGCCGGAUAGAGAAUAAGAAUCCGCGCGCUUACCUUGAUAGUUUGCGCGAGGCAGUCCACGAACAGCUUCGGUAUAUCAAGGGUGCGCCGAGUGUGGCGAUGAGUUUUAUUCCACCGGACAUCUUGGGUCUGCGGGAAGACACGGAGGAUGAAAUCAGAGACGAGAUGGCUAGGAUGGAAGAGGAACGUGAGGAACGUGAGGGUAGUGGAUCGCUUGCUGCUGCUGCGAGCGGAAACACAAGUGUUCCUGGUUCGGCGGGGGGUAUUCCUCGAAAUCGCCGACGAGAUUUAGAACGGGGCUCUGGGUACAGAGGAGAGCUGUAUUCAUAA